AUGCAAGUAUGGAAUGAAAACAAUACGAUAUCGCUGUUGGACAGCGAAAAUAUGAGAGGUUUCCAUUUGGAAGCCGACACAGAAACACUGUUAAAUAGGCUCCUACAAGAGCUAAGAAGCCCGAUUCCACAGAGCAGAGUUGCUGCACAACAAAAAUUGAAAUUGUAUUUGAAUUUCCUCUCAAGAGAAGCCACUGUCGAACAAUUACAGAGCUUCGUAGAUAUUUUAAACCAACAACUUAGGACCUUGAUCGUUGGGGCAAAUAAAGCUAGCAAGAAUGAUAAAAUAACAACUAUAUUACUCAUUGAUGUUUUUAUUGAUUUUUACUCGAGAAAUGAACAAUUACCGAACUAUAUUGCAAAGUUAGGCAAGUAUCUACGUAUUCUUGUGCCAUCAACAGAUACUGAAGUUAGAAAAUUGGCUGCAUCGACUUUAGGAAAACUAGCUCUUCCUGGUCUUACGGUAACUUCCGAAUUUGUGGAGCAGGAAAUGAAGAUAUGUAUCGAAUGGUUAACCACCCUAUCAUCCUCAAACAAUGGUGACUCAAAGAGACAUGCAGCUUUACUUAUAAUAACGUCAUUGGCCAAGAACGCACCUUAUGUCCUAUUUCCAUAUGUCAAUUCGGUUUUGGAUAAUAUAUGGAAUACACUACGAGACUCUGAGGUUGAGGUUAGAUUUGAUGCAUCUUUUACAUUACUAAAUUGUCUGAGAAUCUUAGAAACAAGAGAUCCGAAAUUAAUGAAGAAUUGGUAUCAAAGGUUAAUCACAGAAUGCCUACAUGAAUUGAGCUCAGAGAAAAUCGAAAAUAUUCAUGGUUCAUUACUAAGUAUCAAAGAACUAUUGAGAUUAGACAAUAGUUUUCUUGAUAAACAACAAGACGUUAUUUUUAAUCAUAUAAUAAAAUUGAAGAAUCACCGGAGUGCCGCCAUAAGAGAGGAAAUAUAUUGCAACUUUCCAUUAUUGGCUGCAAAAAAUCCACACUUCUUUGCGGAAAACUAUCUGAGCCAAGUUAUGGUACAUUUAUUAUCAAUUUUAAGAAAUAUGGAUCCUUAUAUCAAACGCCAGACAGACGAAAAGCCUAUACUGAUUUGUAUUGCAGAUAUUGCAACCCAAGUAAAAUCAAGCAUAGCGCCAUAUCUAAAUAGCAUUUUUGAGAUCAUAACGAGUGAACUUCGACUUAAGGCAAAAAAUAGAACAUUCAUCGAAGAGGCAUUAUUUUACUCUAUUGGAAAACUAACUUUUGCCACAGGCCCAAAAAUAUACCAGUUCAUGAAUGAUUCAACAUUAGAUUUAAUUUUUAAUUAUCCAUUUUCAAAAGAAUUACCGGAGGUUUUACAAAUUAUAUUUGAGAAGUGUCCAACUUUGGAACCGCCAAUAAAAAGGAAAUUGCUAGAUACAAUAUCAAAUUCCCUUACAGGAGGACCCUUUGCUUAUCCAGGAUCACCAAUCUCUUUUAAAGAUAUAUCAUUACAGAAGGCACGGACAUGGCGAAAUAAGAAAGUUUUCUCAUGGUCGUCACAAAUAAAUGAUGACAUAAAUGAUUGCCAAUUAUUAUUGCAAUCAUUUGCAAUGCUUUCUGCUUUUACAUAUGAUGUUUCGCUUUCGGAUUUCGUCAGAUUUGUAACUGUGGAAUAUCUGGAGCAUGAUGAACCAAACGUUCGUGAACAGGCCGCUAUUACUUCUUGUGAUUUACUGGUAAGAGAUAACAUUUGUAAACAGACAUCUCAAUAUUCGUUAAAUUGCGUUUCGGAAGUUUUAAGCAAACUAUUAGUUAUUGCAGUUACUGAUCCCCUAGCUACUAUCCGAUUAUCUCUCUUAGAACAUUUGAAAACAAAUUUUGACCCACAACUGGCACAACAAGAGAACACCCAUUGGUUAUUUACAUUGUUAAACGAUGAAUCAUUUCCAGUUAAACUGGAAUCCAUGAAAAUUAUAGGAAGGUUAUCCCAAGUAAACCCUGCAUACGUUAUCCCAUUUCUUAGAAAAAUACUUUUGGACCUUUUAAUGGAACUAAAAUAUACAACCCAACCUAGAAGAAAUGAGGAGAUUAUUACACUACUAUGUGCUUUAAUUGCUUCUAGUAAUAAUGUAUCCAAAGAUUACAUCGAACCAAUUUUGGAAUCGUUGCUCCCUAAAGUUAACAAUACAACCCCAGUCGUCACAGCAAUGGCUUUGAGAACCAUUGGUUCUAUAUCCAUUGUUGGCGGCGAGAAAAUGAACGAGUACAGAAAGGAGCUGAUGCCACUACUUAUUAAUACACUUCAAGAUCAAUCUCAACCAUUCAAAAGAGAGGCAGCCCUAAAAGCCUUGGGCGAAUUUACAGAAUCUGCUGGUUAUGUUAUUGAUCCACUAUUAGAUUAUCCACCACUAUUGAAUAUUCUUAUGAAUAUACUGAAAACUGAUAACUCCCAAAAUAUACGAAGAGAAGUAAUUCGGACAAUUGGUAUUUUAGGUGCUUUGGAUCCCUACAGAUACAGAGAAGUAGAAGUAACAUCCAACACAACUGCCACGAUAGAACAAAAUGCUCCUUCAAUAGACAUUUCAUUGCUUAUGAAGGGAGUUUCAACCUCAAACGAGGAAUAUUCAUUAACUGUGGUAUUCAACAAUCUCAUUAAGCUCCUGAAAGACCCAUCUUUAUCAUCGCACUUCACAGCAGUAACACAAGCCAUAAUUCAUAUAUUUCAAAUCGUACAAUUACGCUGUGUGCCAUUUCUAGAAAAAAUUGUUCCAUGUAUAUUACAUGUAAUUGAAAUUUCUCCACAAUCCCUUACCGAUUAUUAUUUUCAACAAAUAGCCGAACUCAUAAUCACAGUUGGAGACCACAUUAGACCUCAUGUAGAUAGAAUAUUUGAGAGCAUCCAGAAGUUUUUUCCUACACAAAAUCUUCAAUUAACGUUACUAAAUUUAAUACAGGUAAUUUGUGAAGCCUUAGGGUCGGAAUUCAAGAUCUAUGUUCCACGCACUCUAACACUUUUUCUAGCUGUUUUGACUAACGAUUCAUCUACAGACAAGAUUGUUUCCAUUGAAAUAUUGAAAACAUUGACCGUUAUUAAUACAAACUUAGAGGAUUGUUCUCACCUUAUACUCCCAACAGUAAUUAAAUUGUGUGAGUACUCUUCUGGUCGGUUAAAGGAAACGUCUAUUAUUGUUUUAGGUAAACUUAUUGAAAAUAUUAAUAGCACUCCGAUGGCAUCCAGAAUAAUGCAGGCAUUAUUAAGGAACAUUAGAAGUGGUCAAGAACAAAUUAUUCAAUCAUCAAUGAACACAAUGUGCAUAUUGUUGCUCAAAUUGGGAACCGACUUUGCCAUUUUCAUUCCCGUCGUAAACAAAACCCUAGUCAGAAACAAAAUUCACCAUACUGUUUAUGACCAAUUGGUUGAAAAAAUAUUGAAUAAUGAACCAUUACCUGAAACAGUGAUAAUGGGGAAUGAAAAUUCUAUAAAUUUAAAAAACAAGCAGGAACCUACAAAAGUAACAAAAAAAUUAACAAUAAACCAACCACUAUUAAAGUCAACAUGGGAUUGCUCCCAAUUGGCAACAAGGGAAGAUUGGGAGGAAUGGUUGCGAAGAUUAUCUAUUCAAAUAUUGAAGGAAUCGCCUUCACAAGCUUUAAGAGCAUGUGCAGGACUGGCUGGCUUGUAUUAUCCACUGGCUAAAGACCUUUUCAAUACAGCUUUUGUAAUUAUAUGGACUGAGCUAUACACACCUUACCAAGAGGACUUAAUACAUUCAUUAUGCUUGGCUUUGUCAUCAUAUCAAAAUCCACCUGAAAUACAUCAAACCCUAUUAAAUUUGGUCGAAUAUAUGGACCACGAUGACAAACCAUUACCAAUAUCAAUUGAGACUUUAGGCGAAUAUGCUGAGAAAUGUCAUGCAUAUGCAAAAGCACUUCAUUAUAAGGAAAUAAUACAUAUACAAGAACCUUCUAAUUCAACAAUCGAAUCCUUAAUUAGUAUCAAUAAUCAACUAUAUCAGAAGGAUGCAGCUAUAGGUGUAUUGAAGAUUGCGCAGCAAAGUCAUGGACUAGAACUUCAUGAAUCAUGGUAUGAAAAGUUACAACGUUGGGAUGACGCUCUAGAAGCUUAUAAUAAGCGAGAACUCGCUGGUGAAACCUCAACAUCGAUAACAAUAGGGAAAAUGAGAGCAUAUCAUGCAUUGAGUGAAUGGGAAAAACUAUUUGACCUGGCGGAAGAAAAUUGGGGAAUAUCUGAUAAUACAGUCCGUAAAAUUAUAGCUCCACUAGCCUCAGGGGCAGCAUGGAGCCUGGGCAAAUGGGACAAGAUUGAACAAUAUACAAGUGUAAUGCGAGAAAGGUCUCCUGACAGAGAGUUUUUCGAUGCUAUAAUGAACUUGCAUCGAAACAAUUUUGAAAGUGCAAAAGCUAAUAUUUCUAAUGCGAGAGAUUUGUUAACAACAGAAAUAUCCGCGUUAAUCAACGAAAGUUAUGGGAGAGCAUAUAAAGUAGUUGUUAGAACUCAGAUAUUGACUGAAUUGGAUGAAAUUAUUCAAUAUAAGCGAGCUCAUAUAAACUCCGAAAAACGUAUGCUGUUAAGACGUACAUGGGAUAAGAGAUUACUUGGUUGCCAAAGAAAUAUUGACAUAUGGCAAAGGGCAUUAAGAGUGAGAUCACUAGUGAUUAAACCUAAGCAAGAUGUGCAAAUGUGGAUCAAGUUCGCCAAUUUGUGUAGAAAGUCAGGAAAGUUAGCAAUAGCUCAAAAGGCUCUGAAUACGUUACUAGAAGAUAACGACCACAGCCCUAGUUCGAAAGCUCUGCCACAAGUUGUAUAUGCGCAAUUAAAAUAUCUUUGGGUAACUUCUUCUAAAGAAGAAACACUUCGUAAUUUAAUCCGCUUUACUUCAAGCAUGGUACAAGAUUUAGGUUUAGAUCCGAAUAAUUUGAUUGCACAAAAUAUAUCACAGGAAUCAACUGUUUCACCAUCGCAUAUCGAAGAAUAUACGAAGUUGUUGGCUCGCUGCUUUCUGAAGCAGGGCGAAUGGAGAACUGAAUUACAACAAAAUUGGCGAACAGACAAUCCAGAUGCAAUUCUAGGUUCUUAUCUACUGGCAACUCAUUUUGAUAAGUCAUGGUAUAAAGCGUGGCAUAACUGGGCAUUAGCAAAUUUUGAUGUAAUCUCGACAAUAACCAAUAAUACUAAGAGUAUGGGUAAUGGAAGACGGCAAUCUUCAAUCCUCCUUCCUCCAAGUGAUAGAGGCAUCUUUACGGAAUCAUUUUUAAGUCGUCAAGAUGAAACGUCUUACUCUAGUGAAAUGUUACAACGGCAUGUUGUUCCUGCCAUUCGUGGAUUUUUCCAUUCAAUUGCUUUGACCAAUGGAAGUUCCUUACAAGAUACUUUGAGAUUAUUGACACUUUGGUUCACGUUCGGUGGUAUUCCAGUAGCAACCCAAGCCAUUCAUGACGGGUUUAAUUUAAUUAAGAUCGGGAACUGGUUAGAAGUUUUACCCCAACUAAUAUCGCGUAUACACCAACCCGACCCGAAUGUGAGUAGGUCGUUGUUAGCAUUAUUAUCUAAUUUAGGUAAGGCGCAUCCCCAAGCAUUGGUGUAUCCACUGACAGUUGCAAUAAAGUCGGAAUCUGUUUCAAGACAUAAGGCGGCACUUUCAAUAGUAGACAAAAUGAAAAUGCAUAGUCCAGUUCUUGUUGCACAAGCUGAGCUGGUCAGUCAUGAAUUGAUCCGUGUUGCAGUCUUAUGGGAGGAAUUGUGGUAUGAGGGAUUAGAAAAUGCAAGUAGAUAUUUCUUUGGUGAACAAGAUAUUGAGAAGAUGUUUGCCACAUUAGAUCCUUUGCAAGAACUUUUACAAGGUGAACCAGAAACAACUCGUGAGAUAUCGUUUAAGCAUAUGUUUGGAAGAGAACUAAAUGAUGCUAAUGAAUGGACAAUGAAUUAUAGGCGAACAAAAGAAAUAAAUAAUCUUAAUCAAGCCUGGGAUAUAUAUUAUAAUGUGUUCCGUCGUAUCAGUAGGCAAUUCCCUCAAUUACAGAUAUUAGAGUUACAGCACGUCUCUCCAAAGCUUCUUGAAGCACAUGAUUUGGAAUUAGCAGUACCUGGCACUUACAUCGCUGGCAAACCGAUUGUAAAGAUUGUAAAAUUUGAUCCAGUCUUCUCCGUUAUCUCAUCCAAACAACGACCAAGAAAAUUCUACAUUAAGGGUAGUGAUGGUAACGACUAUAAAUAUGUUUUAAAGGGACAUGAAGAUAUAAGACAAGAUAGCCUGGUAAUGCAAUUGUUUGGAUUAGUUAAUACUUUACUUCAAAACGAUACAAACUGUUUCCAAAGACAUUUAGAUAUUCAAAAAUAUCCAGCAAUCCCUCUAUCGCCUAAUUCAGGCUUACUUGGUUGGGUACAAAAUAGUGACACUUUUCAUAUCCUAAUCAAAGAAUAUCGAGAAUCCAAGAAAGUUCCUCUGAAUAUUGAACAUUGGGCUAUGCUUCAAAUGGCACCAGAUUACGAUAACUUGACAUUACUUCAAAAAAUCGAAGUGUUUUCGUAUUCACUUGAUAAUAUGAAGGGUCUUGAUCUUCAAAAAAUUCUGUGGCUAAAGAGUAAGUCCGCCGAAUCCUGGCUUGAGAGAAGGACUGCUUAUACUCGUUCUUUGGCCGUGAUGUCGAUGGUUGGUUAUAUUUUAGGAUUAGGUGAUAGACAUCCAAGUAACUUAAUGCUUGAUCGUGUAACGGGAAAAGUUAUUCAUAUUGAUUUUGGUGAUUGUUUUGAGGCAGCUAUAUUAAGAGAGAAGUAUCCUGAAAAGGUACCAUUCAGACUAACUAAAAUGUUAACUAGAGCUAUGGAGGUCAGUGGAGUUGAAGGUAGCUUUAGAAUUACUUGUGAAAAUGUUAUGAGGGUGCUACGAAACAACAAAGAUUCGUUGAUGGCCAUAUUGGAAGCAUUUGCCUUUGAUCCUUUAAUCAAUUGGGGAUUUGAUUUUCCAACUGAGAAAAUUCUAAAGGAAACUGAUAUUGUAUUACCUUCUACUCCACCAAACGAACUUUUCAGAAAUGGUAUCAUUACUUCAGAAGAAGCAUCAAAAUUAGAAGAAGAGCGUCAAGCUGAAUUGAGAACUGGAAGAGGAUUGUUGGUGUUACGUCGUAUUACAGAAAAAUUAACUGGUUGCGAUGUCCACAGGGAACGCGACCUUGAUGUUCCAACCCAGGUUAAUAAGUUAAUUAUCGAAGCUACCUCUGAUGAGAAUUUAUGCCAACAUUAUAUCGGUUGGUGUCCAUUUUGGUAA